UUUUAAAUAGAUGUCAAUCAAUAUGAAAAAUUAUGAUAUCCAAGACUACACUGCUAUAGCUGCUAUGGACUAUAGAGACCUUAUUGAUGAUGGACAUAAGGGCAAAUAAGGUAUUUCCCGGACAGAACAACAAAAGGUCAGAUGUAAUUAUUGAAGACCUUAAUCCAGAUGGACCACAGCCAGGCUAUACCGGAUCGAGGAAAAGAGCCUCUGACAGUACUGAUUUCAUCAACAAACAGAAGAUAGAAAUUGAUAGGAUUAGUCAAGCUCCUAUUGCUGGCAAGAUCUAUAGAGGAGAUCCAGAUGAAAAGAACUGGGCAAGAUAUGAUGAUAAUGAAGAUCCAAUUAAAAAUCAAAAAGCACUUCAAGGGAAGACUAGAAGUUUAGUCAAUGAGGAUAUCCUUGGAGCAAAGCCUAAACAUUAUGGUGGCGUCAGCUCCUCUAAGAUAGCAGAUGAGUACGCAGGAAUGAGUUAUGGGCUACAGGAAAGAUUGAAGAACCAUGAGGCUCCGUUUGGAUCAGGAGGAAAUUUAGAUACUACUAGUUAUGGGGCUAAAUGGCUUAAUAAAACUGAAAAAGGAAUUCAUAAUAGAUCUCCAUUUGAUAAUUCAAAAGCAUCAAGAAGGAAAAUGGAUGCUCUAGAUCAAGAAAGAGCUAGGCUUGACUCUAGAAAUGCAAAUCUAGCUGGAAAUGAUAUGGGAGGUAUACUCCAACAACCAAAUGAAUUUAAUUCAGAUUCAAUCCAUCCAACUGGGCCUUCCCUUCCUGAGCCUCAUCCAUCAACACAGAACCAUCCUACUGGCCUAAACUCUUACCAGCCUCCAGCUCAUAACACAUAUAAUGACCAAACGCAGGUAGAAAACCCGAGAAAAUCUCACUCAAGGUCAGGAAGCAAUUCGUACCCUCAGCAUUUCACACCUGAUGCUAUUCAAACAGAUUCUCAACCUAAAGGAAUGUCCUAUAUAGAACAAAAGAAAGAAGAACUAAGAUUAUGGAAGCUUCAGCAAGAAAAGGAGAGACCUUACCAGCCUCAUCAUGUUGCUCCUCAGCCAGAACCAAAUAUCUCAGCAGAUCAGGAAAAAGAAGAAAGAAAAAGACAUAUGGAAAAGGAAUUAGAAGAGCAAAUGGCUAAAAUGAAUAUGAAUCCUCCUCAACCUCAAAAUCUUCCUCAAGAAAGCUACCCUCCACAGCCAACUUAUGAAGCUCCGAAGGAGGCUUACGAAGGUACAGAGGUAGCCAAUAAGGCAAGGAAUAGUAUCAGUUAUAAAGCUCCUUCAAAAGAGGCGCCUGCUUACAAGCCAUCAUCCCAAGAUCGUAUGUCGAGACCUCGCCGCUCUCAGCCUCCAUCCUACCAACCACCUGUGCCUCAUAGACAGAUGGAUAUGGCUGCUGGUGAUUCUACUAGGAAGAAAAAUGAUGAUAACAGUUUCUCCCUAAGCGGAGGCUAUGGAACUAGAGACCUGAACAGAUCAGCUCUGAGCCCCUCUGUACCUAACCACUUUGAGACUAGCGCAAUGCUUUAUGGGAAUUAUGGAAAAGAAAACCUCUCCAAGGCUCUAAAAAACGAUAAAGCUCAUGGACUCCAAGCCAUCAAUAAGGAUAAAGGCUUCAACGUGAUCACAGGAGAAUUCGUUGGAUAAUUCUAAAGUUUUUGUACCAGGAUUU